AUAUUAAUCCAUAUAUUGUUUAUUUCUCGUGUUACAGAGUCAUCUGCCACGGCCAACUCUGUGGAAGCUAAACCCCUAGAAUCAGCCACAAAAUCCGGAUCCGGUGCAACCCCUUUCAAGAGCAACAACAACACUGCACCCAGUACAGAUGGUCCGACCAAGAUGGAUGAAGAUCCCCCAGCAACCAACGCAGCAGUUCCGUCAUCUCCGGUGGACUCUCCGACCAAGACUGCCGAAGACAAGCUGCGUGACGAGGCCGCCACCCGGGAGGAACUGCAGCAGAUCGUGUUUCGGAUUAUGAAUAUCAACAGCCAGGUUCGCUACUCGGAAGCACGCUUCACCAUCGAUCCGGCCGUGCUGGCCAACGCCCUGGAAGCUCUGGAUGCCAAAAACUAUCGGGAAUUUUGUGCCGAAAUUUUUAUCGAAGUUGUGAAAGAGUUCUACGAAGGAAAGCUAAUCCAUUCUGAGGACGGAAGCACUAGUGGGACUUUUACCGACAGCUGGAACAGCAUUCCGUCCAAGAAGGUGAAACCAAUUGACAUCGAGGAAGUGCUGGAGAAAAGCGGCGGCAGUGCUGCGAUGGAGAUCGAUAGCGACAUUAGACUGUGCUCGUCGAAGCCAAGCAUGAAGGCGUUCAGCUCAAAUCGAGUGGCCGCACUGGAUUAUCUCAUCAACUGUUACUGCCGAGCCAACGACGAAGUGUACAGUUAUACCAAAAUCAAAAAGAGCAAGAAGAUGUACCUGGUGGAGAUACUGCCCGAUGUGGCGGCGAUCAUUCGGCAACAGACGCUCAAGUAUGCCAUUCUGUUGACGAAGAAUCGCUUCCAGAACUUUGCCCAGAUCGAGAAUCCGGCCAAGCUGAUCCUGGAAAAGUCGCCGCUGCUGCAGUUGAUGUACGAGAAUAAGGUCCCGUCAGACUUCUUAGCUAGCCUAAUGGCCGAGGCCCGCAAGAACGUGUCGGACUUUGACGCCAUCUUCACCAUCGUGCUGGACGAUUUGUACGUGGACAUGCAGAACACGAUCUGUAAUGAAAACAUCGUCUCGGAUCCGUUGAUGCGGUUGAAAGAGCUCGUCGAGAUCAAGGUGGAAAAUACGAAUCCGAUCUGCAAACUGAUCGUCAAACACGUUGUGUUCCUACCAAGACUGACCCUGGACAAAUACGCGGCCAGGGAAAUAUCCAAGGUGUCCUUUUUGGCGCCGUUCCUCUCGCUGUCGGUUCUUCUGGAUGAAAAUCCCAAAUUUGCGACACAUCAUUUUCUGGAGAAUGUUUGCGACAGGACGCUGGCCUCUUCCUUUCAGACUUUGUUAGGUAAUACGAGGAAAAUCCUGCAUCAGAUUUUCCUUUCACUGCUGACGAAUCUGGACAGCCGGCAGGAAGUGCUCAAGUACAUCUCGGAAAUUCUUAGGACCAAUCAUAAACGAAUCCAGUACAAUGCCGACGAUCGGUUCCUGGCCAAGGAUGGAUUCAUGCUUAACUUCAUGUCCAUUCUUCAACUGCUUUCGGUCAAGAUCAAUAUGUCCCGAAUAGAUCCUUUGUAUCCGCACCAUCCGGAUGCCCUAAUAGACAUCGAAGACGAAACCAAGCUCAAAUAUUCCUCGCAAGAGUACACCGAUUGGCUGGAGAAGCUCCGUUCCACCAAGAAGUGGGAGACUCCCAAAUUUGUCACUCACUGUUGGUUCCUGACGCUGCACGCCCACCAUUUAGGUAUCAUCCCGGCGAUCCAACGGUACAACAAACUACUCAGGGCAACCAAAGAGCUCCAGCGAAUGGUGGACGAACUGAACGCCAGCAAAAGCCAGUGGGAAAACACUCCGCUGGCCCGUCGGAACAAACAGGUCCGGGAUCGUUGCGUCAACCAGAUCAACAAACUGUCGAAGGCGAAACUUGGCUGCGAUAUCGCCGUGAUCGAUCCUAACGUCCUCGGUGCUUGCAUGCAGUUCUACUCGUCCGUGUGCGAAUACAUGUUGUAUCAGAUCGAGAAUCGGCCCAUCGAGGAUCUGUUCGUGAACAAACAGGAACCGGCCAUGCUGGUGGCGAGCGAAAACUUCUGCUCGCUGCCGGAGUGGUACAUCGAGGACAUUGCCGACUUUAUUCUGUUUUGCAUGCAGCACAGCAUCGGCGUGAUUGACUUUGUGGACAACUCGAUCAUCACCUGGAUUCUGACGCUGGUUUGCGCACCGCAUCUGAUCAAGAACCCGUACAUCACUGCCAAGCUGAUCGAGGUGCUCUUCGUUACCUCGCCCACAAUCCAGACGGCAUCGCAGCGUCUCUACCUGCAGAUCAUCAACCACGAGCUGGCCCAGCGGGCGUUGGUCAGUGCCCUGAUGAAGUUUUACACCGACAUCGAAACCACCGGACAGAGUACCGAGUUCUACGACAAGUUCACCAUCCGGUAUCACAUCAGUCACCUGUUCAAGGGUCUCUGGGAUAGUGUGGUCCACCGGCAGGCUAUAGUUAAGGAGAGCAAGAGCGGAAAGCAGUUUGUGAAGUUUGUCAACUUCUUCCUGAAUGACACAACCUAUCUGCUGGACGAGUGCCUGGAGUACUUGAAGCGGAUCCACGAAACUCAGGUACUAAUGAUGGAGGACUUGGCGUGGAAUGAAUUGGGUCAGGAAGCACAGCAGAGCCGUCAGCGGCAGCUAGUUCAGGACGAGCGGCAGUGUCGGUCCUAUUUGACGCUGGCCCGUGAAACGGUAGACAUGUUCCACUAUCUGACGAUCGACAUCAAGGAACCGUUCCUGCGACCGGAACUAAUCGACCGACUGAGCUCGAUGUUGAACUACAAUCUGCAGCAACUGUGCGGUCCCAAGUGCAAUGACUUGCGGGUGCGAAAUCCCAUGAAAUACGGCUGGGAGCCCCGACGGUUACUCGGCCAGCUAAUCGAUAUCUAUCUCCACCUGAGCUGUGAUGAGUUUGCUGCGGCCUUGGCCGCGGAUGAACGAUCAUUCGAGAAGCAUCUCUUUGAAGAUGCGGCUAACCGAGUAGAACGGCUCGGAAUCCGAACUCUGGUGGAAGUGGACGAUUUCCGAAAGCUCAUCCAUCAGGCUUCAGAAAUCUACGCUCAGAAUCAGCAAAAUGCGGACGAAUUCGCCGAAGCUCCGGACGAUUUCAAGGACCCCCUGAUGGACACACUGAUGAGCGAUCCCGUCAUACUGCCCUCGGGAACCAUAAUGGAUCGAUCGAUCAUCACCCGGCAUCUGCUGAACAGCAGCACAGACCCCUUCAACCGACAACCGCUCACGGAGGACAUGCUCAUCCCGGCGACGGAACUGAAGGAACGCAUCGAGACAUGGAUCAAGGACUAUCGUGAGAAGAAAAAACAAUAAGACUUGAUUUUUUUUACUGCAGAAUUACAAAUCGUAAAUGUUUUUAUUCUAAACUGGUCGAACAAUAUUCGAGGGCAAGCACUCAAAAACUGAAUUUAAUAUGGUAAUGUCUAUACAUACUAGACAUAUUUAUAAAACAAUUAUCGCUAAGUAAGGUCCUACCCCCGUAAAACUCCACUUACUUCCACCGCAUCGAAUGCUUGUCUGUUGACAGAAUAUGCGCUACCGACGAAUUGAGCAUUAAACCAUCCGGCAGCACCUUUGCAGUAUGCAGUUUAAUGUUCUGGGUAUGAAAUUAAUCUUUUCUCACAAUGUUUGAUUGUAUUCUGCGAUUGUGCUGUCAUAGAUGGUUUACAGCAUGCAAUUCGUCCAAAAGCUAAACACCCUUCCCCAACUUUAGUCCCCCAUUGCAAAAAAAGUUCAUCUCGUCCUCUUUGAAGAUAUCUGUUUCUGAGGUUCCACAAUUGUGUAUAUUAUCUAAGACGAUACUAAUCUAUGCUGGCCGUGUUCUUAUAUACUAACAGCGAAGAAUAGGAUGAUGAAAGGGAGAGUAACACAUAACGACGACGGACGCCUGGCUGAGAGGGAUACAAUGAAAAAAAAAACACGCCUAAUUGAAUCCCGCAUUCGAAUCUGUAUCGUACGUAAGCUAGUACUUUGAGAAUAAAAAUAUGGAGAAAUUAUAAAAA